AUGGCGGACCCAGCGCUGCACGCGGAGACCCCGCCUCACCAAACCCAAGCCUUGAAAGAGAUCGCCGUCGACUACUGCCCGGAGGCCUGUACCCACUGCCGGGAAUCCGACGACAUCACCGUUGUCUUCGACCGCCGCGGCGGCGCGCGGUGGCGCUCCCCCACUCGCUUCCAUUACGGUGCCUUCAGUGCCCGCAUCCGGUGCCCCGCCGGCAACACCAGCGGCAUCAACUUCAACCUCUACCUCUCCUCCCUCGAAGGCGACAAGACCCAGGACGAGAUCGACUUCGAGUUCCUGGGGAAGGACAAGACCAUUGUGCAGACAAAUUAUUACACUGCGGGAACUGGGAACAGAGAGGUUUUGCACGAUCUGGGCUUCGAUUGUUCCGAUGGGUUUCACGAAUACGCGAUCAAUUGGGCUCGAGAUCUAAUCGAAUGGUCGAUUGAUGGGAAAGUGGUGAGAAGGGUUGCGAGGAAGGAAGGUGAGGGCUUUCCUGAGAAACCCAUGUUUCUGUAUGCUUCGGUUUGGGACGCUAGCUACAUUGAUGAAGGGAGGUGGACAGGACCUUAUGUGGGGUGCGAUGAGCCCUAUGUUUGCCAAUACAAGGAUGUGCGAGUGCCCACGUCAACAGCAGUGGGAACUGCUCUAUGA